AUGCCACCAGUCUCUUAUAUUAAUCGGCGAGACACUAUUCAAGCAGCACUUAAUGAAUUAAAUAAUUGCUCUCCUAAUUCUAAAUGUCCAAGUGUUAAUAGUCCGACUGGUAUGACUCUAACAUCACCACCACCUGCACUAACAAGUCAUUCUCAUUCUACUCACCUAAAUAUUGAGAAUUUAAAAGAAGAUAGCAUUUUACUAAAAAAUGAGAAUGAUUUGUUAAAAUCUCAGGUUAAAAAACUAAGUGAAGAGCUAAAAACUUACAAGAACCCUGGAACAUGUGCAUUGCGUCUAGCGCUUAAAUAUCCUAUUUCGCAAGUUCAAAAUUUUCAAGAGGCAUCUGAAUCUGUGUUGCCUCCUCUUAAAAAAAAGAGAAAGACACUCCUAUUUGCUCGACUUUUGACCAAUGAAGAAAGUUGGCAGCAAAUGAAAGAGGUGAACAAAGAAGCUGAACAAAAAGCUGAAGAAAUUAGACAAAAAAAGGAGGCUACAGCUCAAAAAAAAGAAGUAGCAGCCCAAAAAAAAGAAGCAGCGGCCUAA